GUCACGUCCUCUUCUCUGACACAGAUCCGUACACGUCGGUCUGCUUGCUCGUUCAGUCCUAAAAUAAGUUCGCUUUUUUCCGCUUAUUUUUUCUGGAAAAGUAAACUGAUUGGUUCUGCUUUGAUGAUAUAACAUUACGUCCGUCUGAAGUGGAACUGAACUGUGAAAAUUAGCAUUUAAAGUCUUUUUUGAAGCGAGUGGUAACGUUAACUCGUGAUGGCUCCCCGGAUAUUUGCUCAGGAUGUUUGCCAGCAUGGACCCUGAAAGCGACGUGUUGAUGAAGGAAUCCAUCAAGAUGAUGACCGAUAUGAUCGUGCUGUGCGUCACGUUGGUGCUGUCCCUCUUCUUCUGGGUCUUCUCGCUCGCCCUCAACUCCUUCUACGGUACGCUCCAGCCGGUGUCGCCAUGGCGAUGGCUGUUCUCCAUCUUGGUUCCCAUCAUAGUGACGUUCCGGGGGCUGAAAAAAAGAAGCCUGGAUCGAUCCGGAGCUCUGGGAGCCCUCCUGGUGGGAUUCGUGCUGACGAUGGCCAACUACAGCUUCUUCUCGACUCUGCUGACCUUCUUCAUCACCUCCUCCAGGCUGACCCGCUGGGGAGGAGCGCAGAAGAAGAAAAUAGAUGCCGAGUACAAAGAAGGAGGCCAGAGGAACUGGAUUCAGGUCUUCUGUAACGGAGGAGUUCCCACAGAGCUGGCGCUGCUCUACAUGAUCGAGGUGGGUCCAGGUGAGAUCCCCAUCGACUUCAGCAAACAGUACUCGGCCUCCUGGAUGUGUUUGUCUCUACUGGGCGCGCUCGCCUGCAGCACCGGCGACACCUGGGCGUCGGAGGUGGGGCCGGUCAUCAGCCAAUCACAGCCCAGACUCAUCACCACCUGGAAGGAAGUUCCAGUUGGAACUAACGGAGGAGUUACUCCUGUCGGAUUGGUCGCCAGCUUCCUGGGCGGGGCGGUGGUGGGUGUGGCCUACUUUGUGACUCAGCUGCUGAUGGUGGGCGACCUUCACCUGGCCGACCCCCAGUGGCCCAUCGUGGUUUAUGGAGGCGUCGCCGGCCUGCUGGGCUCCAUGCUGGACUCGUUCCUGGGAGCUCACUUACAGUAUUCAGGGUUUGACUCGAGCAUCGGGAAGGUGGUGAGCUACGAGUCGGCAACCACCCGGCGGAUCUGCGGUAAACCGAUCCUGGACAACAACGGCGUCAACCUGUUCUCCUCCGUCCUCAUCGCGCUCAUCCUGCCUGGGAUAGCGUGGGGGGUUUGGCCUCAGUAGACUGACGACGGAUCGGAGACCGACAGAUGGAAGACUGACCGGUCACAGUGAAACAACGCACUAAAGACUCUGGUUGCGUUACUACCUGUUGGAGAAGCUGUGAUUAUGAGAAAGUGUCCCUGAGCAGCAAAGGUACAAAAGAAAAAGAAAAUAAAAUGAUGAAAAGCUUUUGCUCUGCUUCAUACAUUCAGUAAACUGGCUAAUCGACAAAAACUGCUUUGCACUUAGUGAAGAAUUGUUGAGAAGUGUUUUUUUUAACUGUUUUUAAAGCUUGAUUCCGGUAUUUUUAAACUCACUCUUUCCAUCCUUUUGGGUCAAAACGAUUAAUAGGAACUAGGGAUGCAAAUUUCUUAACUGAUAAUCAGCAGUCUUAUCAUGGAUAAUGAACUUUGUGGCCAUCGUUCUUUGUCCUUUAAACAUGCAUAUUUGUAAUUCAGACAGCAUAGACAACAGCGUACUUUCAUAUGAGAAAUUAGGUCGGAGGUCAUUAAGCAUCACAUAAGUCUUUGUCAUGGUGCCUCUUUACUAUCUAAACUCCCACAAUGCUCUCUGCUAGCCAACACUGAACUUCCUGUAGUCUGAGUGACCAACUUCAGUUAAAUAUGUUGCUGAAUUGUAGGAACGCAACACUUUUAGGUAAACUCUGGUCUGAGGUCAUUAAACACCACAGAAGUCUUUGUCAUGGUGCCCCUUUACCACCUAAAGCCUCUCAAUGUUCUCUGCUAGCCAACAUAAACUGUCGUCUGAGUAAUGCCUCCUCUGGUCUCUACAGCAUUAAACAGUAAGAAGCUCCACCUGGUGGAACAACCAGGUACUACAGGUGAUCUACAAUAGAUUACUGACAUGCACAACCUUCUUCUUUUCGUCUUAUCAGUUAAUGCGUUUUGAAUCAGAUAAAUUAUGAACUGCAAUUUUCAAUUGAAUGAUUCCUAGCAGAAGUACAAGAAUUAGUGGAAUCUGUCCAAUAUUGAGCAAAUAACCACAAAAAUGCUACAACCGCUUUCAUAUAGCUGUCAAGUGAAUUUGAAAUUUCCCAAAAAAGAAAAUGCAAAUUAGGCGUGUUUCCAUCCAACUGCUUUGAAGUGAAUAAACAAGGCUGCAGUACCCCUCAAAAACAUUUAUAAACUUUUUACCGGGGAAGUUUUUUAAAAUUUUGCCAUUUACAUUCACCUUUUCAAAUACACUACAUCAAAAUGUGCGUAAAAACACAUCAUAGGAACUCUUGUUAUAAUCCAACAGGGUAUUUUUCAAAGUAAAAGUGCUGGUUUUUGUCACUGAGGCUCAGAUUGAUGUUGUAAGUUGACACGUAACAGAAGGUUGUCGGAGGUUUUGUUGCAGGAAGACAAAAGUGUAAAAACAAGACUUGGAGUACAGAAAGUUAACGGUUGUCUGAAAGAUUUUGACACAAAUCAUGUUUGUGCAUCUUCCAAAUUGUGGCCACAAAUUGAUGCUCCGUACAUGGAUGAUAGCGAUGCUUGGAAAUUGUGAUUAGUUUUGCUAUAAAUGGAUGAAAACACUCUUUUCUGUACUCGAUGAACUGCAGACCACCAAAUUACCAGCAAACAUUUUUACUGAAACCAGAACCGCCAGUGAAAUAAAAUAAGAAAUCACACAUCAAAUCACAUUUUCCUCAAAUAAAAUACUGUCCCAAGAAUACAGAGUGAAGCUAAUAUUAUUAGAAAACAAACACUUCUACUUGCUGGGUUACCCUUCAGCUGUUUCACAAAUGUCUGUUAAAGCAUUGUUGCUCAAUAUUGGACUGAUUCCACCUAUUUAUUGAUCGUUUACACCCAGAAAGAUGAGAAAAAACAAGGUUUAAAAACAAAUGAUCUUUUAACUGCUGAUUAGUUUCUAACUUGAGUUUUCUGAAAAUUCAAUGAAUGUUCUGAACUUCUGUAGCAUCAAGAUCUGCAAUAAAAUGGCCAAAUGAUGUAUUAAACUUUACUGCUGCUUAAAUCUGUAUUAUGAGUCAUGUGUUUGAGGAAAUUCAAUUUAAAGACUUCAUGUUAUUGUUAUUAUUGGGUAUACAGGAGGUCCUCCACUUACGUUGGAGUUAUGUUCCUAUAGUGUGAUGGACGGCAAUUUUCGCCUGAAGUCGGAACUCUGGCAAAAAUGUAAACAAAGCCGUUCUGUGCAUCAUGAUAUCAAUCAGUUCUUAAUAAAAGUCAUGAAUACCAACGA